GUUCUGGACGGUGAAUAGAUAUCAAAUGCAACAGAAUAGAGUUCCCUUUUUAUUGACCACCAUUCAUUCAGGUUCACCACAUACCUGAAAAUACUAAACGUAAAGUGAACUAGCUUCGCUGCACUGCCACCAACUGCCUGGGAAACUGUGCUAGACUAGAGCUGGGGGGGCGGAUGGUGACGCAGGAAAAACACCCAAGUGCAGACAAAAAAUUAAAGGAAGAGAGAUCAUCUUAGGAGAGCAGACCCGAAUGCAUGCAUCUAAAUCGUAUGUAACAUAGGUUGACACACAGCUGCGAAACCAAGAACAUAAAAAUUCCCAAACAGAACAGGACAAGUGAACACACGGAAGUUGCAUUACAUUUUCGGGUUCUGCAAUGGUCUCUGCAAGCCUCCCUGUGCAGGUGGAGUGUUCCCUCUCGGUCGGCCUCUGGUUCUCUGUCCCUGCCCAGGCACACGCAGUGAUUCUCCCUGAGGCCAGGGCCUCCUAAAGUGGACAAGAUUGCCAAGAUCUGCCCUGUGGCAAGCAUGACGGCCACCACCCGUGGCUCCCCCGUGGGGGGCAAUGACAGCCAGGGCCAGGCACCAACUGACGCUCAGAGCCAGCCCCCACCCACGCCGGCCCAGAUGGCGUCCCCCAGCGCGUCCUCUACCGAGCCGUCCCCUGUCAGCCCACUGGUGGGGGAGGAGCAGGGCCAGGGAGACUCCACCCCUGCUCUGGAGGAGGAGGAGCCUGCCUUCCCUCACACUGACUUGGCCAAGCUGGACGACAUGAUCAACCGGCCCAGAUGGGUGGUCCCAGUCCUGCCAAAGGGGGAAUUAGAAGUUCUACUUGAAGCUGCUAUAGAGUUAUGUAAAAAAGGGCUUGAUGUGAAGUGUGAGGCGUGUCAGAGGUUUUUUAGGGACGGCCUGACCAUCUCUUUUACCAAGAUCCUUACAGACGAGGCUGUGAGUGGAUGGAAGUUUGAGAUCCAUAGGUGUAUCAUCAACAACACCCACCGGCUGGUGGAGCUGUGUGUGGCCAAGCUUUCUCAGGACUGGUUCCCCUUGCUGGAGCUCCUGGCCAUUGCCACCAACCCCCACUGUAAGUUCCACAUCUACAACGGCACGCGGCCCUCUGAGACGGUUCCCGCGGGGGCCACGCUGGCUGACGACGAGCUCUUCGCCCGCCCACCUGACCCUCGCUCACCCAAGGGCUGGUUGGUGGACCUGAUUAAUAAAUUUGGCACGCUGAACGGAUUUCAGACUCUACAUGACCGCUUCAUGAGCGGACAGGCACUUAAUGUACAGAUCAUAGCUGCCCUCAUCAAGCCAUUCGGUCAGUGCUACGAGUUCCUGACCUUGCACACGGUAAAGAAGUAUUUUCUGCCAGUGAUCGAGAUGGUUCCUCAAUUCCUGGAGAACCUGACUGAUGAGGAGUUGAAAAAGGAGGCCAAGAACGAGGCUAAGAACGACGCGCUCUCCAUGAUUAUAAAGUCCCUAAAGAACCUGGCCUCCAGAGUUCCCGGGCAGGAGGAGACUGUCAAGAACUUAGAGAUAUUCAGGUUGAAAAUGAUCCUUAGGUUAUUGCAAAUUUCCUCGUUCAAUGGCAAGAUGAACGCCCUGAACGAGGUCAACAAGGUCAUUUCGAGCGUGUCCUACUACACGCAUCGACAUGGAAACCCCGAGGAGGAAGAGUGGCUUACGGCCGAACGCAUGGCGGAGUGGAUUCAGCAGAAUCACAUCUUGUCCAUCGUGCUGAGGGACAGCCUUCACCAACCUCAGUACGUAGAGAAACUGGAGAAGAUCCUCCGCUUUGUCAUCAAGGAGAAGGCCCUCACCAUGCAGGAUCUGGACAACAUCUGGGCUGCACAGGCUGGUAAGCAUGAGGCCAUAGUGAAGAACGUCCAUGACCUUCUGGCCAAACUGGCCUGGGACUUCUCCCCAGAGCAGCUCGACCACCUCUUUGACUGCUUCAAGGAGAGUUGGACGAACGCUAGUAAGAAGCAGCGUGAGAAGCUACUGGAGCUGAUCCGUCGCCUGGCAGAGGACGACAAAGACGGAGUAAUGGCCCACAAAGUUCUCAACUUGCUGUGGAACCUGGCUCACAGCGACGAUGUCCCUGUAGACAUUAUGGACCAGGCCCUUAGCGCACACAUCAAGAUACUGGACUAUAGCUGCUCUCAGGACCGAGACACCCAAAAGAUCCAGUGGAUUGAUCGCUUCAUCGAGGAGCUACGCACCAAUGACAAGUGGGUCAUACCUGCCCUUAAACAGAUCAGAGAGAUCUGCAGCCUGUUUGGAGAAGCUCCACAGAACCUCAGUCAGACCCAGAGGAGUCCUCAUGUGUUCUAUCGUCAUGACCUGAUCAACCAGCUCCAACACAACCACGCCCUGGUCACUCUGGUGGCUGAGAACCUGUCUGCCUACAUGGAGACCAUGAGGCAGUUCUCGAAAGCUGAACACGCAGACUUUGACCCUCAGACGGUCCGAGUGGGCAGUCGCUACAGCCAUGUCCAGGAGGUCCAAGAGAGGCUUAACUUCCUGAGGUUCCUGUUGAAGGACGGCCAGUUGUGGCUGUGUGCUCCUCAGGCCAAGCAGAUCUGGAGGUGUUUGGCAGAGAGUGCCGUCUUCCUGUGCGAUCGUGAGGCCUGCUUCAAAUGGUACUCAAAGCUGAUGGGUGAUGAGCCAGAUCUGGACCCAGACAUCAACAAGGACUUCUUUGAGAACAACGUUCUUCAGCUGGACCCCUCGCUGCUCACAGAGAAUGGCAUGAAGUGCUUUGAGAGGUUUUUCAAAGCUGUCAACUGCCGUGAGGGCAAAUUGGUUGCCAAGCGUCGGGCGUACAUGAUGGAUGACCUGGAACUCAUAGGCCUGGACUACCUCUGGAGGGUGGUGAUUCAGGGCAGUGAUGACAUUGCCAGCCGGGCCAUUGACCUCCUGAAGGAGAUCUAUACCAACCUGGGGCCGAAGCUGCAGGUCAACCAGGUCGAGAUCCACGAGGACUUCAUCCAGUCCUGUUUUGACCGCCUGAAGGCGUCGUACGACACGCUGUGCGUCCUGGACGGGGACAAGGACAGCAUCAACUGCGCCCGCCAGGAGGCCAUCCGCAUGGUCCGCGUGCUCACCGUGCUCAAGGAGUACAUCAAUGAGUGUGACAGCGACUACCAUGAAGAGAGGACCAUACUGCCCAUGUCCAGGGCGUUUCGGGGGAAGCACAUCACGCUGAUCGUGCGUUUCCCCAACCAGGGGCGUCAGGUGGACGACCUGGACAUCUGGUCUCACACCAACGACACCAUCGGCUCGGUGCGCCGCGGCAUCCUGACGCGCAUCAAGGCCAACGCCACGCACACCAAGAUCGAGCUGUUCAUCGGCGGGGAGGUGGUCGACCCGGUCGAUGACAGGAAGCUGAUCGGCCAGCUCAACCUCAAAGACAAAACGUUGAUUACAGCUAAGCUCACCCAGGUCAGCACCACCGUGCCCUCCAGUCCUGACAGCUCCUCUGACUCCUCGACCGGCUCGCCUAGUAACCACGGCAACCACUUCAGCGACGGGCCUAAUCCAGAGGUGGAGAGCUGCCUUCCUGGAGUGAUCAUGUCCCUCCACCUGCGCUACAUCUCCUUCCUGUGGCAGGUAGCAGACCUGGGCUGCACCCUCAGCAUGCCUCUGCUGAGAGAUGGAGCUCGGCUUCUUAUGAAGCUCAUGCCUCCAGAUAACAGCACAGUGGAGAACCUGCGAGCCAUCUGUUUGGACCACGCCAAGCUGGGAGAGAACAGCCUCAGCCCCACACUAGACUCCCGUUUCUUCGGCCCCUCGCCCUCGCAAGUCCUCUACCUCACUGAGGUGGUGUACGCGCUGCUGAUGCCGGCCAGCGGCACCCUGGGCGAGGACGCCAGCGACUUCCAGUACAACUUCCUGAAGAGCGGCGGCCUCCCGCUCGUUUUGAGCAUGCUCACGCGGAACAACUUCCUGCCGUCGGCCGACAUGGAGACGCGGCGCGGGGCGUACCUCAACGCCCUGAAGAUCGCCAAGCUGCUUCUCACCGCCGUGGGCUUUGGGCACGUCAAAGCUGUGGCCGAGGCCUGCCAGCCCGUAGUGGAGGGAACCAGCCCCGCAUCCCCGAUCAACCAAGCCACCCACGACCAGGCUCUGGUCCUCCAGAGUGCCCUACAGAACAUCCCCAACCCCGCAUCCGAGUGCAUGCUCCGCAACGUGGCCAUACGCCUGGCCCAACAGAUCUCCGACGAGUCUCUGCCACCGAACUCCCAGAACUUCUUCCAGGCUUCCAAGUACAUCCCAGACAUCUGCGUUAUCCGGUCAGUGCAGAAGAUCGUUUGGGCCUCUGGCUGUGGCAGCAUACAGCUUGUCUUCAGCCCCAACGAAGACAUCAGCCAGAUCUAUGAGAAGACCAACGCCAGUAAGGAACCGGACGGGGAGGACGAGCAGGUGUGCUGCGAGUCUCUGGAGGUCAUGACCCUGUGUUUUGCCCUGCUGCCCACCGCCCUGGACACGCUCAGCAAGGAGAAGGCGUGGCAGUCGUUCAUUAUAGACCUGCUGCUGCACUGCCACAGCAAGUCAGUCCGACAGAUGGCUCAGGAGCAGUUCUUCCUCAUGGCCACUAGGUGCUGUAUGGGACACAGACCUCUCCUCUUCUUCAUCACCCUACUUUUCACCGUUUUAGGGAGCACGGCGAAGGAGAGAGCUAAGCAGGCAGGGGACUACUUUACCCUGCUGAGACAUCUGCUGAACUACGCCUACAACAGCAACAUCAACCUGCCCAACGCGGAGGUGCUGCUCAACAACGAAAUAGACUGGCUCAAGAGGAUCAGGGAUGAGGUGAAGCUGGCUGGAGAGACAGGGGUGGAGGAAACCAUUCUGGAAGGACACCUGGGGGUCACCAAGGAGCUGCUGGCCUUUCAGACACCAGAAAAGAAGUAUUAUAUCGGUUGUGAGAAGGGAGGGGCCAACCUCAUCAAGGAGUUGAUAGAUGAUUUCAUCUUCCCGGCGUCUAAUGUGUACCUGCAGUAUGUGAAGACGGGAGAGUUCCCUGCAGAGCAGGCCAUCCCUGUCUGCAGCAGCCCCGCCUCAAUCAACGCCGGCUUCGAACUCCUGGUAGCGCUGGCUGUCGGCUGUGUCAGGAACCUCAAGCAGAUCGUGGACACACUCACCGAUAUGUACUACCUAGGUUGUGAGACUCUUUCGGAGUGGGAGUACCUCCCCCCAGUGGGGCCACGGCCCACCAAAGGCUUUGUGGGGCUGAAGAACGCCGGGGCCACCUGCUACAUGAACUCUGUGAUCCAGCAGCUCUACAUGAUCCCGCCCAUCCGGAACGGCAUCCUGGCUGUGGAGGGCACCGGCACCGACGUGGACGAUGAACUGUCAGGGGACGAGAAGCAGGAGAACGAGACUAAUGCAGAUGGGACUGCACGGGACGAGGUUUUCAGCUACCAACACCAGUUUGAUGACAAGCCAUCGCUCAGUAAGUCGGAGGACAGGAAAGAGUACAACAUUGGUGUACUGCGCCACUUACAGGUCAUCUUCGGCCACCUGGCUUCCUCCAGACUGCAGUACUAUGUACCUAGAGGCUUCUGGAAACAGUUCAGGUUAUGGGGUGAGCCAGUGAACUUGCGAGAGCAGCACGAUGCCCUCGAAUUCUUCAACUCUUUAGUUGACAGUCUGGACGAGGCUCUGAAGGCCUUUGGCCAACCUUCCAUGCUCAGCAAGGUUCUCGGAGGCUCCUUCGCCGACCAGAAGAUCUGCCGUGACUGCCCCCACAGGUAUGAGUGUGAGGAAUCAUUUACCACGUUGAACGUGGACAUCAGGAACCACCAGAACCUGUUGGACUCUAUGGAGCAGUAUGUCAAAGGAGACCUGCUGGAGGGAGCCAAUGCUUAUCACUGUGAGAAGUGCAACAAGAAGGUCGACACAGUGAAGCGGCUGCUGAUCAAGAAGCUCCCCCCGGUGCUGGCCAUCCAGCUGAAGAGGUUUGACUACGACUGGGAGAGGGAGUGCGCCAUCAAGUUCAACGACUACUUUGAGUUCCCCCGGGAGCUGGACAUGGAGCCGUACACUGUGGCUGGAGUGGCCAAGCUGGAGGGGGACGACGGCAACCCGGAGAGCCAGAUGAUCAUGCAGAACGAACCAUCAGAGCCGGAUCCCCCAGGCUGCAGUUCCAAAUACCGCCUGGUGGGGGUGCUGGUGCAUUCGGGCCAGGCCAGCGGCGGCCACUACUACUCGUACAUCACCCAGCGAGAUGGCGGGGCCGGCACCGGGGCAACCGACAGCGGACAAAAGGAGCACUGGUACAAGUUCGAUGACGGCGACGUGACGGAAUGCAAGAUGGACGACGACGAGGAGAUGAAGAGCCAGUGUUUCGGCGGGGAGUACAUGGGCGAGGUGUUUGACCACAUGAUGAAGAGGAUGUCCUACAGGCGGCAGAAGAGAUGGUGGAACGCCUACAUCCUAUUCUACGAGAGGAUGGAUGCGGCGGGGGGAGGAGCCGCGGGGGAGGCAGACGGGGAGCUCGCCAGGUGCAUCUCGGAGCUGACCGUGUCGCCGACUAUGCCACGUCAGGUGAAGAUGCCGAGUGCCAUCGAGUGCAGCGUGAGGAAGCAGAACGUCCAGUUCAUGCACAGCCGCAUGCAGUACAGCCUGGAGUACUUCCAGUUCGUCAAGAAGCUGCUGACCUGUAACAGCGUCUACCUCAACCCUCCCCCGGGCCAGGACCACCUGUUGCCGGAGGCCGAGGAGAUAGCCAUGAUCAGCAUCCAACUAGCGGCUCGGUUCCUCUUCAGCACCGGGUUCCACACCAAGAAAGUGGUCCGGGGGCCCGCCAGUGACUGGUAUGAUGCCCUUUGCAUCCUCCUGCGGCACAGUAAGAAUGUGCGCUGCUGGUUUGCCCACAACGUGCUGUUUGUGUACCCAACGCGCUUCUCCGAGUACCUACUGGAGUGUCCCAGCGCAGAAGUCCGGGGAGCCUUUGCCAAGCUCAUUGUCUUCAUUGCCCACUUCUCCCUGGCGGAUGGGCCUUGCCCCGCCCCCGCCUGCUCCCCUGGGGGCUCCACCCAGGGCUGUGAUAACCUGAGUCUCAGUGAUCACCUGUUGAGGGCUGUGUUGAACCUCCUCCGGAGAGAGGUGUCAGAGCACGGACGACACCUUCAGCAAUACUUCAACCUCUUCGUCAUGUACGCCAACCUGGGUGUGGCAGAGAAGACCCAGUUGUUGAAGUUAAGCGUCCCCGCUACCUUCAUGCUGGUGGCUCUGGACGAGGGGCCGGGCCCUCCCAUAAAGUACCAGUAUGCUGAACUGGGGAAGCUCUACACUGUCGUCUCCCAGCUGCUGCGGUGCUGUGAUGUCUCCACGCGCAUGCAGUCCUCCAUCAAUGGUAACCCGGCGCUGCCCAACCCGUACGGCGACGCCAGCCUGACUGCCCCCAUCAUGCCCCUGCAGCAGCUGGUGUCCGAGAUCCUGUUCGUCAGGACCAGCUACGUCAAGAAGAUCAUUGAGGACUGCAGCAACUCCGAGGAGACCGUCAAGCUGCUGCGCUUCAGCUGCUGGGAAAACCCCCAGUUCUCCUCCACCGUGCUGUCCGAGCUGCUCUGGCAGGUGGCGUACUCCUACACGUACGAGCUGAGGCCCUACCUGGACCUCCUGCUGCAGAUCCUGCUCAUCGAGGAUUCCUGGCAGACUCACCGGAUCCACAAUGUGCUGAAGGGGAUACCGGACGACCGGGACGGCCUGUUCGACACCAUCCAGCGCUCAAAGAACCACUACCAGAAACGGGCCUACCAGUGUAUCAAGUGCAUGGUGGCCCUGUUCAGUAACUGUACCGUGGCCUACCAGAUCCUCCAGUGCUCCCAGAGUAACGGGGACCUGAAGCGGAAGUGGACGUGGGCGGUGGAGUGGCUGGGUGACGAGCUGGAGCGUAGGCCCUACACCGGGAACCCACAGUACACCUACAACAACUGGUCUCCCCCCGUCCAGAGCAACGAGACCUCCAACGGCUACUUCCUGGAGCGCUCGCACUCUGCACGCAUGACCCUGGCCAAGGCCUGCGAACUCUGCCCCGAGGAGGUACGUAAGGAGCCGGACGAUCAGGAGGCGACAGAAGACCACGACUCCUCCCCUCCUGAGGACACAGCACUGUACCCCCACAAUCCUUCUCCUGCCACGCAGUUUCAGCAGCAAAACAACCACCCUCAUGCCCAGCCCUACACAGGUCCAGCUGCCCAACACAUGAACACGACCCAGCGCCCCCCACAGAGAGCACAGGAGAGUUGGGAGAGCACUACAGAGGAGGGGGGUCCCGGAGUGCCCCCUCCUGCUGUCCAGACAACGAAAGACUAACCACGACAACCAACCCCCUCAACCUGCAGCUCACCUCACCAAAUCUCUUUGCACACUAAUAUCCCUCAAUACCUUCACCAAGAUCCCCAGUUUAUUGAUUGAUUGACCAAUCGUACCGUAGAUUGAGACGAGACUAAAUAAUUAAGACCCAAGCCCUAGCGCUUUCUUCUCUACAGGAGGAAUAGCGUCCGCUUGGUCACCUCUGACCCUUGAGCCAUGCCAUCGAGACGAUGAAGCUCUUUAAGUUCUGCUCUCCGUGUUUCUGUUGUAGAAUCAAAGUUCUAUGAUUUCUGGAAUGUGGAGUAGGAAGAGUAUGGACAUUCUCUCUCUCUCUGUCUCUCUCCGUCUGCCCCAUAGAAACACAGCACUGCUGACAAGCAAAGAACCAUACCCUUGUCUGCAAGGUAGUGUGUACAGUGUUAAGAGCAACAUUGAGACGAAAGACAGUUGUGUGGGACUGUGUGACGUGUGUACAGGAAGUUAAACUAAAUGGUGAAGGGAAGGUGUACAUAGUAUGUUAAUGUUUUGGAAUAGUUAAAACCUUCCAUCCCUGGACCCCCCUCCCCCACAACCUACAGCAACGAUGCAGCAACGCGUGCCCCGGACUAGCCCGUAAUCUGUGACUUCAAAACAGACAUGGAAGAAAAAUGACAAAUCAAAUGGAAAGAAGGACAAUAAUAAGCAUUUCAUUUUGUUUCUGCUUUGUAGUCAGUGCAUGGAAGUGAGGUUCAGCCUAUUACUGGCUUACAUUCUUGUUGAUGUGAAGUCAUCUUCUUUGGACUUUGGCUAAGCUUUUCUGAAAUAUUUUUCUUUAAACACCUGUUUCUAUGAGAACAUUGUUCUGUUAAAAAAUGAUAUACCAAUAUCACCCAUUUGUGCACCAGUUUACAACGGCAGGGUUUGUGAACUCAUAUUUAAUCUUCGCUCACAUGAAGUGGAAAGAACUCGCUGCUUCUUGAUGGCUUUUUUCCCCUUCCACUUUUUGACCUACUUGAACACAGUCUUACAACAACUCUCUUUUCCAUUGAGAAUAACAGGUAACAUUUUCUAAAGCAGGUUUAUGUUUUACAAUAACUGCUGGAGAGCUAGCUAACUUGUCGCAUAAAGCAUUUCUAAGUGUUCUUUAGGAUUCUUACUGCAACAACAAUAUUUCAAUUGGCAACAUGAAUGUGUGGUUUGUUUGUCAGUUCCUUUUUUUGUUUCACUGGGAUAAUUGGAAUUGGCAUAAUCCCAGCAAUAAAAAUAUGACCAUGAUAUCAAGACUCUUAGAAAAUUUUAUCGAAAUUUCCUAGUUGUUGUUUUUGCUUAUUUCAAAGCAGAGGAAAGAAAAUAUAAAUUAAUUGAAGAGGACAUUUUUGUCAGAUAAAGAAAGAAAAUCUAUCUGCCCUGAACUGUAUUUUUUUCUCUCUUUUUUUGCCAACUUUGGUUUUGGCCAAUAUGUGAAUUUUAAUUCUAGAGAUUUUUUUUCCAGCAUAGUAGCACAGCAGUGUGCCCACUACAAAGAGUACAUGAAAAAUGCUAACUUUAAAUUGUAGCUUUGUCAUAUUUAAUUUAUGGUACAUUGUAAAUGCCUAAUGCACGCAAAAAAGUAAAACAUAACCGUAAGGAGAUCUCCUGCUAGAGAAACAAGAUCUCUUUGAGUGACAUUGCCAAUAGUAAAAGGCAUUGCCCCGAGGGACUGGUUGAAACAAAAUGGAUUAGACACAAAAAGUCUGCCAAAACCAAAACUGUGGCCUAUAAAGACAAGCUGUGGAAGAGUAAAGUGAGGAGGAAUACUGUUCCCCCCACCCUUAAAUGCAAAGCAUCCUGGGGGAUAAAAGGGGCAACUUCGGACCCUCAUGAUAAGAAGAUGAGAAGACAAGGCUAUGGAUGGUUCCAAUGAUUCUAUUGGGGGGGUUGUGAUUUAAAUGCCAUAAGGACUGAUUGUCAUUCUUCCAAGCCCUGCCCUAAAGCACUACAGGUCAUCUCUCACUUCUUCCAUUAUAAGAAUGCUUUAUCUAUUUUUAUUUUCAGACUGCAAGGUCUUACAUUGUUUAGUUUUUUUUCUCUCCUUAUUUUUCUUUUGGCUUUGUUUUUUGUAAAGUGUUAGUUAAUGAUCAGAUAUGCCUUCUGAUUUUGUUUGUAUUUUGUUUGAAUAAUUCUUAAGCUCUUUUUGUGAAACAUGCAUGGAUGGUUAUUAAGCCCCCAAUCUGCCUUAGAGCACUGUACAAACCCAGCACACUGUAAAAUUAUACUUUAAGAAAAUGAGAAAUAAAUGGUAUUUGAAUUAUUAUG